UUAGAAUUUUAACAAACAUUUAAAUUUUUAAAUGUUGGAAUAUUGUUAGAUUUUGUAUGGGCGGUGGAACUAAAUCGAUUUGGUUUGGAACUAAUCGGUUUAUGGCCCAAUACCAAUAAGGCUGUUAAAAAUACCUUUAUUUCCGAUCUUCGUAUGGGCAUGAUUUUCUUUGUAGUAACUUUUCUGUCUGUUGUUCCUCUUUUAUGUUCCCUUGUACAAGUUUGGGGUGACAUGAUACUAAUAGUAGACAAUCUUCAAGUUACUUUACCUUUAACUGUAGUUUCGUUGAAACUUGUUGUUAUGCGAUGGAAACGUACAGGUAUGUGUAAAAUUAUUCAUUUUUACAUUUUUUAUUUCCUGAAUUAUUUUAAAAUCACAUAAUUAUAUUACCAAUCACGCUAAAAAUAAUGGCACAUGCUUCGUAAUAUAAUUAUUUGAAUUUAUUUCAUAUAGAAUUUCGCACUUAAGAUCCUACUUCCGAAGAAUUGGCUAUGCUUUUUUUCAGUUGUUUAUUAGUAUUCGGCUUAUACUAAUAUAUUGAAUUAUUUUAUUGUUUCUGAUAUCUGAGCCUUAUUUUGAUAUAUUAUUCAUUUACUAUCUGAGAUUGAUAGAAAAUGAAUCAAUAAAGCAUUUAGUUUAUUAAGGAUAAAUAAUUGUAGAGCUUAUUGUUAUAAGUAGAUUGACACUUUUUAUGUAGUUGAUAUACGUUUAUAUUUUCAAGCUGUGUCACACAUUGUAAAAAUGAUGGCGGAAGACUGGAUGGGGUUAAAGAUUGAUGCAGAAAGGAAUGUGAUGCUGAGACAGGCGCGUGCUGCGCGAUUGAUCGUAACCUGUGGAUACUUUCUAAUGAUAUUUGUGUUUAUUGUUCUUAUUAUUCUUCCUUCUUUUGGUCUACAUUUCAGAUAUAUAACAAAUCAUACUAAUCACGAAAGACUAUUGCCGUUUCAGGCGUAUUACUUUUGUGAUGUAGAUAAGAGUCCACAAUUUGAGCUCGCGCUUGUGGUUCAAGCUAUGACAAUGUUUUUCGGCGCAAUAACUUAUACGUCGGUAGACGCUUUUCUUGGACUUGCAAUUCUUCACAUCUGUGGUCAAUUGGAGAACUUUAAAUAUCGAUUAAUCAAUUUGGAGUCAUCUGAAAACUUUACUCCUGCUUUGCGUAACUACGUACAGACUCAUUUACGGUUAAUAAGGUAUUUUUGUGGAUCAUCACAAUAGAGAAAAGAAACAGGAUGAUGUUACAAAUUAAGUUAAAAAAAUA